UAUACGAUUUAAAUUAUUCAAAAUUUAUAAACAAAGAGUGUAAUAUAUGCGAUUAUAAGCUAAGAAAAUUUUUUCAUAUAAAAUUUGAUUGCAAAUCUAUGUGGGAAAUACAUGAAAAUCUUAGAGGUAUGAAAAUUCUUGAUAAAUCUAAAUUUGAGUUCAAUACACUUGUUCCUUCAAUUACUAUAAAUCCAAAAGAAAAUUCAUAUGGUAUAAAAUUAAUUAAAAGCAUUAUAUUGAAAAUUCCAAAUUUAUUGAAUCCUAUAAAAAAUAUUGAUAAUGAACAUUGUAUAUAUUUACUGGAACCUCAUUAUACAAAAAUUCUAAAGGAAAAUGAUUUAAAUGUCUUGUCUCUUGAAAAAAAUUUGAAAUCUAAAAUUGAAUUUUACAAAUUAUCUAUCAAUUAUAACAAUUGGAAAUGUGCAGAUAUUUUUAAAGCAAUUUUACCUUUAGAAAAUAAUAGUAUAUCAUCAUUUAGUCAAAUAGGCCAUAUAAUCCAUUUAAAUCUUAGGGAAUGUCAUCAGGAUUAUGGAUCGAUUAUAGGUCAGGUGCUUCUGGAUAAAAUUAAAACCUGCCAAACAGUGUUGAAUAAGAAGGACAUAAUUACACAUGAAUAUAGAAAUUUUGAAUACGAAUUGCUAGCAGGUAAGCCAGAUACCAUAGUAAAAGUGAGGGAGAAUGAUUUUACAUUUCAAUUCGAUUUAGCUUCCGUCUUUUGGAACCCGAGAUUAAGCACUGAACGGGCCAGGAUCAUCACUAAGGUAACUAGCAAUAAUAACAUUUUGGUGGACCUUUUUUCCGGGGUGGGGCCUUUUGCUAUUCCUGCACUCAAGCAGCCUAAAAAUCUUUCUUGCCGACUUGUGUUCGCUAACGAUUUAAAUCCCAACUGUAAUUUGCUCGCAAAUGCCAAGCUCAACAAAGUUAACAUAUCUAAAUUGCUAGUCACUCAUUUACCUGCCGACAAAUUCGUGCUCACCGUUUUUAAGCAACUUUAUUGGGCAAUAUCGACAAAUCAAACGUUCUUAUGUCAUACCGAUCAUUCCAACUCCUUUGAAUUAAACGCUAACUCAAAUUUAAUAGCCGCUACCAAUAACGAAACAGAUUUUUACAACCAAUCCCAGCCCAUAAAUUUUAAAGAUGAACCCAUGUUGGGAGAUCUUCAUUUAGUCAUGAAUUUGCCCGAAAAAGCCUUAGAAAUGAUUCGAUAUUUUAAAGGCUUAUUUAGAGACAACAAAGACUGCGAAUCCCAGAUUUUCUCAAAAAAUCUAUGCAGAAUAAUAGUUCAUCUUUAUUGCUUCAUCAAGGAUACCGGUGACGCCCUUUUGACAGCAAGAAACGAGAUUUUGUCAGUGUUCGAAGAAGCAGAAGACAAUUUAGUUGACAUUGAUCAAAUGAAUAGCUCAAAAUUGACAGAUCCCCAGGUUAAGAGACUCAGAAAAUAUUGUUCCUUAAAGGAGGAAGAUAUAUUGGAGAUAGUUUUGAUUAGGAAGGUAUCGCCUUCCAAGCAUAUGAUCAGAUUGACCUUUAUAAUGCCUCGACAAUAUAUGGGGUUAUGAUAGGAUGAAAGUCGGAUUUUACGAAUUUCCCACGCUUAAGAACGUCCAUUACUUUAGUUAUGCUUGAAUAUUUUAUUUUUGAUGAAUUAUUUUUUAUACAUUUUAAGCGAAGAAAAGUGUAAUUUUAAUUUGUUGU